UUGUGAUCAUACAUCUUUUAAUUGGAGGACAAAAUUUUACCCUGUUUUAAAUUAUAGUUAAAAAAAUUUUGAGUGCAAUUUUUACUGGUCCCCCAAAAUUGUUAGCUCCCGAAACAUUAAAGAUUUGCCAUGGAUGACUUUGACUUCAGUACCCCGCCACCGGAAGUGCGUACCAUCCACACGCACAAUCUGGACGACGAGCAGCUCAAGGAUUGUGAGGCGGCCUUCGCCCUUUUUGAUGACGAGAAUACCAAGGUAAUCCCCAUCAAGUUACUAAAGGAUUGCCUGCGAGCCGUGGCCCAUACUCCGCCGGAAAAUGAGCUGCAGGAUUAUAUCACCGAAAUCGAUACAGAUGGAUCGGGCGAACUGUAUCUCAGCGAUUUCCUAUACAUAAUGUCAAAGCGGUACGAGAAUUCGACCCCCGAAGAUGAAGUUAUCCUGGCGUUCAGGGUCUUCGACAAGGAUGGAUCUGGUUUUAUACCAGAGACUGAAUUCCGUCAGAUAAUAACUGAUUUGGGGGAAGAUAUGGAGGAAGAUGAAAUCGAGGAAAUGAUACGCGAUGCAGACGCUAAUACAGAAAUGAAAAUUGACUAUGUUCGCUUUGUGACUAUGAUGAUGGAGACGUAAAUUUAGAAAUAAUUUUUAAUUCUACCGAGCUGCAGAGAUGACUACCCGUGGCUUUAUCCUCUCGACGGAUUUUAUAAUUCCUGAUUGUCCUGAUUUAACCUGAAAAUAAAAACCAGACGGUCCAGCAAUGAACGAUAACCAGUUCUUAUAUACAUUGUAAAUCAUUCCUAUUACAAAUAAAUUUUAGUAAUUUCGACCAACAAAA